AUCACCGUCCGUCCUCAAAACCCUAGAAUCUCGAUCACCGGCCGUUCUCUUCCUCCGCUCGAUUUUACCGAUUACUCUUUCCAAUUGCGAUUACAUUUCUCAACUCCGUCCCCUGGAGAUCUGUUCGAGAAUGGCAAUUAUCGAAGAUAUUGACGCAGAACUCGCACAUGGAUCGUCUACGCUUCUUCUUCCAGGAGGACAGCCGCCGGGAGAACAGCCGCCGGUAGAAGUACAAGAAGCUCCUCCUCUUCCCCACGCUCAAUAUGGUGGAAGGAUUCUCUUUGGUUGCUCCCUUUUUGGCUGCAACCAUGUCGUGGAAGCUAAAGGGCAAAGGUACUGCUCCGCUAAUCACCAGAACAUCGCUGAGAUUCUUUCUUCUCAAGAUCAGGCCUAUGUGGUUGUGGAUGGUUUCUUUGUCAAAGAUAGCAGGGAGAGGUGUUUUCAAAUAGUUCUUGCUUUGCUGAAAAGAGUGGAAGAUAAUCUAGGUUCAGGACUCCCUUUGAUUAAGAAUAAGGAUGAUACAAUCUUUCAUAGUCAUCCAAGGGACUGGAGUUUUAUCAGCUCAGCUUUUCUGGAUGGAGAAAGUGACCGAUCCUGGCUCUUUUUUCACUCAAAGAGCAACCCGAACUUCAAGACAUUUUACACAGAGGGUCAGAGAGUACGUUGGUCAAGAUCUCGCCGGUUUCUUCACAAAUAUCUUGCGUUUGAGGGAAUAAAGAGUACAGUGGCUUAUCUGCGACCUGAUUACGAGAAGAAGAGUGAUGUCAGAGUUGGUGAAGGUGAUCCAUUUGGAUUGAAGGGAUGGGCUUUGAUUGAAUACUUCUACAAAGCACAAUCUUUGUUCUGCCUCUCGUUUUCUUCUGAAAAGAACAACGGUAUCUUCAGCACUGUAAAAGAAAGCACACAGAAGCGGGUUAGAUCUGAUCCAGGAGAAAGCAGUAGGACGAAGACGAAGAAGAAGAAGAGUAGUUCCUCUGUUCAACCAAGCUUGGUUUCUUAAGAAGAUCCUGUGAAGGUACUGAUCUUGAGUAAGAAGAGAGAACUUGAGGCCAUUUACACGAAAGCUCAUAUCCAUGUCAGCGACGAGGUUGACCCUUCAGGCGCAGGCGCAGACGUUUCUGAUUUUGAUUCGACACAACUAUCUGACUGUAUAAGCAUCUUAGAAGAUCGACUAGAGUCAGCCAAGCUUGAAGCCUUAGUUAGGGAGCCAAUUAUAGUCGCAGUGGGUGAAUUGAUGCAUGCUAAGAGGGAGGAAGAGUGGUUUUCAGAAUUUAAUAAGAGGGGAAAUCUUUUCAACUUGUUAACUGGAGAUGAGACAACCAUUGAACGUGCUGCAAUUGCUAGAAUUCUAGUUAGCAAAAUUCCAAGCAUGAUUGUCUCUCUCACCGGAAUAGUGGAAUCAUGGGAAACUGAACGAGGAACUUCCUUUCUAUAUGAUAAGCACCUGUUGUUAGAUUUGCUGAAUGAGGAGAAACAGAAACUGUGAAGACAGAUUUGGAGAGAGCACUGGUGUGGUGAUAUAAGAUUGCCAGUCUCCUUUCUUUUUUCUUGGAUUGAAUGUUAUGGUGAUUUAGUGUAACAACCACAAUGAGGAAAAAAUAACAAAAUAGCCAUGUAUAGUUUUGGAUAUGAAAAUGUGACAGUUUAACA